GUGUUAUAAAAGGCCCAUCAUUGGAACCCCAAAGGCCCAGAGAGACUCCCACAACUCAGCCAGUCUCCAGCCUCUGCCCUUCAGCUGGUACAGAUGGCAUUGUCCUCACCCACAGAGCUGCUCCUGACCGCUGUCAUCUUCUGCAUAGUAUUCUGGGUGGUCAGAGUGUCAAGAACCCGGGUCCCCAAAGGUCUGAAGAGCCCACCCGGACCCUGGGGCUGGCCCUUCAUUGGGAACAUAUUGACCCUGGGGAAGAACCCACACCUGUCACUGACAAAACUGAGCAAACAGUAUGGGGAUGUACUGCAGAUCCGCAUUGGCUCCACACCUGUGGUGGUGCUGAGCGGGCUCAACACCAUCCGGCAGGCCCUGGUGCGGCAGGGAGAUGACUUCAAGGGCCGGCCAGACCUCUACAGCUUCACACUCAUCACUAACGGCAAGAGCAUGACCUUCAAUCCAGACUCUGGACCAGUGUGGGCCGCCCGUCGGCGCCUGGCCAUGGAUGCCCUGAAGAGUUUCUCCAUAGCCUCAGACCCGACGUCAGCAUCUUCUUGUUACUUGGAGGAGCACGUGAGCAAGGAGGCUGACCGUCUAAUCACCAAGUUUCAGAAGCUGAUGGCAGAGGUUGGCCACUUCGAGCCUGUCAGCCAGGUGGUGGAGUCGGUGGCUAACGUCAUCGGAGCAAUGUGCUUUGGGAAGAACUUCCCCCAGAGUGAGGAGAUGCUGAACAUCGUGAAGAGCAGCAGUGACUUUGUGGAGAACGUCACCUCAGGGAACGCUGUGGAUUUCUUCCCCAUCCUGCGCUACCUGCCCAACCCAGCCCUCAAGAGGUUUAAGACCUUCAAUGAUAACUUUGUGCUGUUUCUGCAGAAAACAGUCCAGGAGCACUAUCAAGACUUCAAUAAGGACAGUAUCCAGGACAUCACAAGUGCUCUGUUCAAGCACAGUGAGAACUCCAAGGACAACGGUGGUCUCAUCCCUCAGGAGAAGAUUGUCAACAUUGUCAAUGACCUCUUCGGAGCUGGAUUUGACACUAUCACCACAGCGAUCACCUGGAGCCUUUUGCUACUUGUGACACAUCCCAAGAUACAGAGGAAUAUCCAUAAGGAACUGGACACAGUGAUUGGCAGGGAUCGGCAACCACGGCUUUCUGACAGGCCCCAGCUGCCCUACCUAGAGGCCUUCAUCCUGGAGAUGUACAGAUACAUAUCCUUCGUCCCCUUCACCAUCCCCCACAGCACAACGAGGGACACCUCACUGAAUGGCUUCCACAUCCCCAAGGAGCGCUGUAUCUUCAUAAACCAGUGGCAGGUCAACCAUGAUGAGAAGCAGUGGGAAGACCCAUUCGUGUUUCGCCCGGAGCGCUUUCUCACUGAUAACAACACAGCUAUCAACAAGACGCUGAGUGAGAAGGUGAUGCUCUUUGGCUUGGGAAAGCGCCGGUGCAUUGGGGAGACCCCAGCCAAGUGGGAAGUCUUCCUCUUCCUAGCCAUCCUGCUGCAGCAGCUGGAGUUCAGCGUGCCACCAGGGGUGAAGGUGGACCUGACACCCUCCUAUGGGCUGACCAUGAAGCCUGCAUCCUGCAAACACUUGCAGGCAUGGCCACGCUUUUCCAAGUGAAGACGGCCGUGGCAGGGGAGGAGGCAGCCGUGGGGCCAUCAUUUUCUUUUCUUUUUAAAUAACAGCUAUUUUAAAAUCCAAUUCUUUCACCACAUAACUCAUCUCCAAGCAAUUUUAGCAUAUUGUCUAUCAUGCCUCCCCUUUACCCAUACCCAUUAAGACUUAUGGCCAUCCCUCCUAACUUGUCCCACCACAUGCUAACCUAGUUUUUGGCUCAAUAGAUUUGCCUACUCUAGCCAUUUCAUAAAAAUUCAAUGAUU